AUCUGUAGAUGUACGUACUACAUAGAUGUAUGACAUGUAGGUAAUAGGUAUUCAAUAAUGCAAGUCAACUUGACGUUCUUCGUUCUUCAAAAACAUCAAUCCAUCUUUUCCCUCUUCUUUUCAAUAAUACUUACUAUUAUUGGAUAUCAUUAGUUAUGCUACGCCGCCACUAUAGGACCCGACUUUGCGAAUCAUCUGCGCGGCCACAUCUCACACCCUGGUACAAAUCCUAGUUCUCCACCGUGCUGAUUAUUUCGUCGCUGAUCCUGCUCUGUGGCUGCUCGGCAGAGGAGCAGGGAAAGGAAACGUGCUGCAAAUUAGAGCAAUGGAGCAAGCUUCCCGGCAAUCUCAUGCAGAUUCAUCCGACGAGAACUUUUUUGCUCUACCAUCUACAUUUUCUCCUUGGCACAACGCCGAGCAAGCUGGCCUCAAGAUGGAUUUAUCUCAUUCAGAACCUCAGGCGGCAUUAACCGGAGCUAAGGAGCCUCACCAAGAAGAGCACCUUCCACCGGCGCAGGAAGAAGAGCCAAUCGCCAUGUCCUCGUCGUCACCGGAGAGCUCUGAUCUCAGCCCUGCUCCGGCGAUAGCGGUUCACGAAACCGAUCAAGAGGAGGAGGAACUUGUGCUAAGGCCAACAGAGUACGGCGUAGGACCUAGAAAUGAAGUAGUCAUCUCUGCCGGUGAACCAGCCACGCCUUCCCAACAAAAGCGGGUCAUUCCGCGACGGACGAGAUUCAAGGAGAUGUUAUUGAGCCGCUCUCCCAAGCGGAACGGGUCAACCUCGCUAGGCGGCGGCGGUAAUAGCUACAAUCCCAUCGGAGAGGAUCCUCCGUCUGCAUCAGAGAAUAUUCCCAUGGAGCCGAUAGACAAGUCGCCCCCAAUUACGGAACAGAGACGUGACAUUCAAUACGAUACUGAUGAGAGUGACAUUGAUAUUGAUAAACUUGCCGCUAGAUAUGAACGACCGCCUCUGGACUGUCAUUCCAGGCGAGAUGUAUACAUCAAGCAUCGCAGUUGGACAUACAUUGUUCUGGCAGUUCUGUCCGUCUACUCCACCCUGAUGAGCGGUUUAUGGCUCGUCGUCGCCAUCUAUCAGCCGCGUUACGGGCGUGGGAUAUCUUCCAGUGAAGAUGGAAAGAUGGGGCCUUCAACGGCCACACUGAUGUGCACGCUAAUCGCCAAGACCAUUGAAGUGUCUUUCGUGACAGUCUUCGUCGCUUUCAUCGGCCAGGUUCUGACACGGAGAGCAUUUGUGAGAAAGGCCAAGGGUAUAACGAUAGCCGAGAUGACCAUGAGGAAUUGGGUAAUUCAACCCGGCUCCUUAUUGACGUACUGGGAGGGGAUUCCGUACGCCGCCACAACCCUCUUGGGUCUUUUUACACUAGCCGCUACUAUCUGUGCUAUGUUUUACACCACAGCAUCCGAUGCCAUGGUGAGCCCCAAGCUCAAAAUGGGAGCGUGGGAGUCGCGGUCCCUAGAAGGACUAGUCAAAGCCUCCUACGCCAACCCAUAUUACGUGCAAGAUUCUUGCUCGACCCCGAUUGAUCUGAAAAUGGACGUGAAAAACUCGAAGGCUUCUUGUUUGGCUGUUCAAUACUCAGGCCAGUCCUAUCAAAAUCUUCUUACUUUCAUGAAGCAAUGGCAAUAUAUCCACGACAACGGGACCUCCAGGUUUGACCAGCUGGAAAAGAGGCCCGUGGGGCAGCACAUUCUGUUCGACAACACGACAUUAAUGUCGUCCUGGAUCGAGCGCGAAUAUGGAGACCCCAAGACCGCUUUCAUAGAACAUGACAGGAUCGUAAACAACGUUACAUUAGCAAUGCCACACCCAGGCGUCUACUCGGCGGCUAUGGAUUCACGCAAUGACAUCCUGCAGCCCGACGAGCUCGCGGGCGUUGGCGAGUACUCGAUCCGCGCCAGUGUGUCGUCGCCAGUGGUCAAUGUCAUGUGCGUCAACAUGAACCGCAAGGAGCUGGCGCCGCUGGUGUACACAACCUGGCCCGGUGCGCGAAACACAUACACCAACAUCCCUGACCAGAAAAUUGGCGAGGCGGACUGGAUGAAGGAUGUCCCAGCCCCAAGCGAGGAUGAGUGGCUCAACAGAACCGUGGUCGACGAUAUAUUUCGAUGGGGGUCCAAGUACUACCGUCGGCCCCCUGUGUUCCAAUUGUACCCCAUUGAUUACAACAUGAUCACUAACACCUCGGUCGCGAAUGAUAGCUCAAUCUACAUCCUCGCCAAAUCUGGCUCAGUCGAGGACUACACACUUUGCGAGCUCCGGUCGUGGAUCACGCCCAAGUGCUCGACGAUAUUCGAUGUCUCUGGCACCUCGGGAGCCAGCAUGCGUUCCCAUUGUGAAGACCCCGACGACGAGGAUUCGUAUAUGCAGGCAUCGGGAAAUGACGAUGUCAACGACCCCCCGCUACCAUCCAUCGAUUGGAAAAACUCAGCCGACUCCUGGCGCCUCUCAAUGGACCUGAACGGCGGCACGCAGAACAACAACGCGAGCAACUCGCGCAUCAUGACACACUUCAUCCUCGGCGAAGCCGCGCUGAACCCUCUCCUCCCCUCCAUGGCCGAAACCCUCGCCGUCCUCGCCUCCUCGACCCUCGUCGCCGGCGCCCUCACCUCGACCUUCCGCGUGCUUUGGACGUACUACCCGCUCGUGUCGAUGGAGCCGGGCGUGUACGAGGCGUUCCACGUGUCGAUGCGCACGCAGCAGUACACGUCGACGCACGUCGAGUCGUGGCAGUUCGUCUUCUACUUCGUGCUGGGCACGGUCUUCGCCAUCAACCUCUCCUGCCUGCUGUACUACAGCUUCUUCCGCCCGGGGCUCGUGACCGACUACACGGAGCCGCAGAACCUGUUCACGGCGGCGAUCAACUCGCCGCCGAGCGCCGCGCUCGCCGGCAGCUGCGGCCACGGCCCCGACUCCGCCGAGAUGGUCGUCCCCUGGCGCGUCGCGUACUCGGCCGCGGCCAACCAUUACUUCUUCGAGGAGGCGACCGAGGCAAAGAGGGUCACGGCUGUCGCGGCGACGCUCGCCCGCCCCUUCAGCGAGUACAGUCUUGCGAGCAGGGCGAGCGGCUCGGAGCUGCUGUCGCCGGGGCGGCAUCUUUCGACGAAUUACCACAACUACAAGCGGCUUAGUUCGAGCAAGACCUGGCUGUGAGGUGUAAGAAGGGUUUCGUUUUCUUUUUGUGUGUAUUUAUCCUGGAUCAUGCCGUUAAUCAUUAAUCUUUUCACAUCUCAUGAUUAAUCUUUGUUUCCUUUUCUUCGGCUUUGAUUAUGUAUAGGUAUCCUACUUUACAUAUAUCAUUUUACCUCAGCAUAGCAGUGGCGUCUUUGUGGGAAAUUGGGGGGGGGGCAGGGGGUUUGGGUUAAAUUACCUUUCCAGGUACCAAGGUUUUGGUAUCUAGGUAUACAUACAAGAUACCAUCAUGGAAGAGACAGAGUAGAGUUUUCAUACUACUGUACCUAUAUCUCGAGCUAGAUUUGGUUUGUGGAUCAUCGUUGUAUAUUACCAUGUACAUUCACUUCAGUUCAUAUCAAGAUCGGGGGAGAAAAAGGGGAAGAGGGGAGAGAGGGCGGCGG